GGGCGGAAAAAAACCGGAAGAAGCGGAGCGGAAAACAGCAGCGAGGAGGGAGGGCAGGAUGCGGCCGGGACGAGGGGCGGAAAGAGGGCGGCUAGAAAAACCGAAAAACCGCAGGGCGAACACCAAAGUAGCAGCCAGGAGGAGGGCAGAGCGGCGGGAGGAGGGGCAGGAAAAAGAGGGCGGCGAAAAACCCAAAAAACGGAGUGGUCGGGUGGGCCAAGAGGGGAGAGCAGCCAGGACGAUGGGGAGGAGGGACGCGUAGGAGCCGGUAGGAGAGGAGGAGAGGCGAGGAGGAGUGGGGGAAAGGGGGAGGAAGCAGCGAGAGGACAGGAGGGAGGGGCGAGGGGAGGAGAAGAAAAAUGGAGGGAGAGGGCAGGCGGGCAAGAGGAAGGGGAAAAGCAAGGAGGCGGCAACAGCAGCCGGGAGGAGAGACAGAGCAGCCAGGAUGUGAGCGAGGAAAGGAAGGCAGAAGGAGCCCGAAGCAGAGAGCAAAGGGAGGGGAGGAGGGGAGGGGGCGGGAGGAGGAGCGAGAGCAGCCUAGGAGUAGGAGAAGAAAGGAAGCGGAAAAGCGGACGGAAAGGAGCAGGGGCAGGGGGGGCAAAGCAGAAAGGAGGGGACGAGAAGAGCAAAAAGACGAGAGACAAGGAGGGCAAAAAGAAGCGACGGAAAGGAGCAGGGGGAGGGAGGGGCCCAAAGCAGAAAGGAGGGCCGAGAGGAGCCCAAAAAGCAGCGAGGACGAAGAGGCAAACGAAACGGCGAGGGGACGAGAGCGCACGCCCGGGGGGGGGGGCAGGGCACCAAGCAAGCAGACGCGCGGACAGGACGGAAGGGAAAAAAGAAAAAAGACAGCAAGGAAGAGAGAGAACCCGGGACAAAGACAGGAGGCAACCGAAGGGAAGCGCAGGCGCGGGGGGAGGCGGGAGGGGAGGCGGGAAAGGGGGAGGAGACAGCAGGGAGAUCGCGGGCCCGGACGGGAGCCUCGGGAAGGGGAGGUGCCGCCCAGGAGGGGCCGAGACGAGAGGGAGAGCGGCAGGGUCCGAGCAGGGCAGGGAAAACGGCGGAGGGCGGGAGGGGGGCGGGAAGGAGGGCGGAGGGAGCGCGCCAGGCCGAGGGGGGAGCGGGGCGGUAGGAGCAGGGCGGGGCCAAAAAGGCCCGAUGAGCAAGGGGGGGGGCAAAGAAGGACGGCCGGAGGAAGCGGCCGGGCCCGAGGGGAGGGAGGUCGAGCGGCCAGGACGACUGGGGGCGAUUUGCGGGCGGGCAAGCAGGGCGGAGGAGAGAAGCAAUAGCAGCGAGGGGGAAGCAAAAUGGAUUUCACAACAGCAAACUGAAGCCAGUGAUAUGUACUUGUCAGUAUUAGUCCGCAGCAAGACAACUGGAAUGGGUUUGAUCAAUGAAUGUCAGAAUGAAUCCUUUCUCAGCUAUUUGAUGCGGGCGUACGGGGAUAUCGACGUGUAG